CUAACAUCCACUUUUUUCUCUCGCCCCCCUCUCUCUCGUUCCACAAGGAGGGAGAGAGGGCGCCACCAGACCGUCAACUUCGCACUCCUGUUUCACAUCAUAUCAAUAAAUAUCUUUACCGAUUUCAUACGUAAUAAAGGUGGAAGAUGGACUUUUCCUGAUCAGGGCAAUGCGCUGACCAUUCAGCAAUUUCCCCCUCUCCGUUCCUUCAAUCCACUUGGACACCUUUCUCUCUCUCUUAUCCCCAAACUCUUGGUCCAUUCUCGCUCACUCUGAAACGAGUACCCAUGACGAUCCUUAGUGAGAUCUCCGAGUGCCAUAAUUAGAUACCAUGGACGCCAAGAACUCGUCAGCGGCACCCUCCGAUCAGGAGAAGGUACUACCAGUGCUGAACUCCACACCUAUCGCUUCAGCAUUGUGGACAAACCCGGUGAACAACGACCCGCCGCCGUUGGCAUCGCAGGACAGUUCGCAUGCACUCUCCUUGGUCGACGAGCCAACCCAUAGUUCCGAGCCCAUUAGUCAAGAUGUAGGCAGAAAUGCUGUAACCAAGCCACGCAAACUGCGCAAGCCUGGUAGUGCGUCACGGUCGACCUUGUUUUGGGUCCAUACCGAUCCACAGUCGGCCGCACAGGGAACGAAAGAGGAAACCCUCAAGCGCAUCCGUUCCCAUGUUAUGUCCGAGCAUAAUCGCAAGAAGAGACUAGAGAACACCAAGCGGUACAAAAGCAAGACGUGGAAGCACCUGGCUUUCCAACCGCCAGAAACCGCGGCCUCUAGUUCAUCGGUUUCUACCCCGUUGGCCUCUGCGCCGGACGUCUCUCCCAAAUUCCCCGUAAAAACUGAAGAAGGAACUUUAGGCAAUACGCCUGGCCUUCCGGCCGCCUCAACAGAGCAAUAUUAUGGUAUCGACGCGCCUUCGCAUAGUCAGGCCCUUGCUGUUGUACAAAAUACUUCACCGGUGACGUAUCUGGGGCCUGGAGGCAAUGAUCCGUUUAAUGUGUUUCAUACGCAACUUACUGAUCGUAUGUCUCGGCAUCUUCAACAUUUUCUGGGUACCCUUACUCGGAUGGCGUACCCACUUCAACGUCGGUAUGGAGAGAAAUUAGAGUUGCAUUGGACAGCACUCGUCCAUCGCGACCCUGCUUCGCUUCACGCCUGUAUAUGUGUUGCCGCAUCUAAUACAGCCCUCACUAUCGGCGAAUUUCCGAUGAGGGAGGGCCAACGGCCCAGUGCCUUACUUCUAGACACAUUUCACCACAGAGGUGAAACGAUCCGGCUAGUUAAUGAGGGCUUAUCAGACCCUGUCAAAGCCGCCAGUGAUUCGCUGAUUGCUGCCGUCUCAACCCUACUAACGAUUGAGAUUGCUUCUGGAAACCCCGAUUACCUCAAAAUCCACCUGGCCGGAUUGAGGCAGAUGGUUGCUCUGAGAAAUGAUCUUGCCGACGUACCGCCCGAUAUUCGGUUUCAAAUCUCUUGGACUGAUAUCCGGGUUGCUUGCAUGGCCUUCACAAAGCCAAUUUUCCCUUUCCUCCGCUACUCCCGUCCUGCCCAUUUCACCAUUGUCCCAACCAACGAAGACCUUACAAACACCGCCUCUGCCUUGAUUUCGCUAAGUGAAAUCCCGAGCAUUCUUGGCGAUGGUAUGUCUAAGGCCAUCUACGACCUUUCCGAGCUUGUUUGGUACGCUGAAUGGGUCAAGAGCGGCCAGAAUCAUCAAGAAAUUGAUGAUGAGACCGAACGUUACUUCAACACAGAAGUUAUAUAUGUUGAAUAUGUCCUUCACAUGGACCGGUACCUCGAGACCGGGGAACCCAAAGGGGAUGCGAAUAUCGAAGGCUGCGUCCGGCUAGCAUGUCUCCUCUUCCACAACGGCGCGAUCUGGGAGUUUUACCCACAGAUCGCGCCCGUGUUCCCCAAACCAAUCAGCGCCCUCCGUCAGGCGUUAGCUACCACGAUUCCAGCCGGAUUUUUCCAAAUGUUCCCGGAGGUGUUGAUCUGGGUGCUAUUCAUUGGGGCUUGGAGCUCACGGUUAGUGCCCGAGAGAACAUUCUUCGUGACUGAGUUGGCGGCUGCAGUGGGGAGACAAGGGAUCCAGUCAUGGCACGAACUGCGGUCCCUGCUGCUCAACUUUUUCUAUGUAGACCGAGUCCAUCAAACCGCGUUGCGCGGGCUAUGGGAGGAGAUACAGCUGAUACGAAUCCAUUGAUCGUAAUCAUUCCAGGACCUUAUAUCAUUAGAAUUAGAACUGUGUAUAGUAAUGAGAACAUAUACCUCUUAUGAUGAGACGAG